GGGGGCCAGCUCGGCAGGAGGCGGGACUGGGGUGAGAGUUGGAAAUGAAGGCGAGGAGGGGCCGAGCGGGGUUGAUAGUUUUGAGUGAUUACGAGCUGGACGUGACGAGGGUGUGAACUAGCGCCGGGCGGGAUGAGCUGAAGCCCUGGGACUGGGGGGGGCAGGCACUGCCUGCGAGUUUCUGAGAAAGGUAAGGUCAGUGGCUGGUGGUUGCUGGAAAGUCUGCGAGGGUGAGUGAGACACUGGACUAGUGGCCGGCUGGAGUUAGGAAGAAGAGUGCUGUGGAAGGGUGGGAGCAAAUAGAGAUGAGAGAGGGGGUGCUAAUAGGACAAUUCGGGGACCAGGAAAGCUCAAAGGAAAAGAGAGUAAAGGUGUAAGAAGCGAUGGCGGUCUGGGACAGGAUAGCUGGAGAAUUGUGUUAAUUGGAACGUUUCUGCAAGAUCGCAGAGGUCUGCACGGGUCAGGGCACGAACGCUAUAGUGAAGGAUCAAGUGUAGGGAGCCUUUGGUGCAGAAGAAGAAAUCAUGAUUCUUUGGAUGAGAAGAGACCUUGAAAGGAUCUUUAGGUUACCCUGCAACUUCAAUCAAUAUCCCACUUAAAUCACCCCAGGUUAUAGAGAAGUGGAAACCUAAGCAAUGACUGUGGAAUAAUAUGGAAGAAGAUGGGCAAAGCUUAUUUAAUGGAAGGUAAGACAGAGGAGGAGAGAAACACAGAGGAGACACACCUGUAGCAGUACUCCACCACCGGAGAAACUUGCCCCUGAAGGUCAAGGGACCAAGGGCUUGAACCUGAGUCUUUGCACAAUGGCAGUCCCUAAAGUAUAUAUGUGGUUUCCAUACAAAUGGCCAUGUGUGGAAAGCCUUCUUCAACCGUGUGGGGUUGAAAGAGUGGAGAUUCCUCUAAGACAUGGAUAGAUGCAAACAUGUAGGGCGGUUGCGGCUUGCCCAAGACCACUCCAUUCUGAACCCUCAGAAGUGGUGCUGCAGGGAGUGCUCCACCACUGAGUCAGCCUGGGCCUGUCUCAAGUGCUCCCACGUGGCCUGCGGCCGGUACAUCGAAGAUCACGCCCUUAAACACUUUGAAGAGACUGGACACCCACUCGCCAUGGAGGUCCGAGACCUCUACGUGUUCUGUUAUCUGUGCAAGGACUACGUGCUCAAUGACAACCCGGAGGGCGACGUGAAGCUACUGAGAAGUUCUCUCUUGGCGGUCAGGGGCCAGAAGCAGAACCCGCCGGCGAGGCGCGGGCGGACCCUGCGCUCGAUGGCCUCGGGCGAGGACACGGCGCCACCGCAGCGCUCUCCUCAGGGACAGCCGCAGAUGCUCAGGGCGCUGUGGUACCGGCGCCAGUGCCUGCUGGCCAAGACGCUGCGGCUCUGGUUCGAGAAAAGCUCCCGCGGCCGGGCGAAGCUGGAGCAGCGGCGGCGGGAGGAGGCGCUGCAGCGCAAGAAGGAGGAGGCGCGGCAGCGGCGGCGCGAGGUGAAGCGGCAGCUGCUGGAGGAGCUGGCCAGCGCCCCUCCGCGCAAGAGCGCGCGCCUCCUGCUGCACGCGCCCCGCGCCGCCGCCCCGCGCCCCUCCUCGCCGCGAGCGCCCGCCAGGGGUCGCCUCAAGCCCGGCCGCGCCCCCGCCAUGGCGCCCGGCGUCACGGGCCUGCGCAACCUGGGCAACACCUGCUACAUGAACUCCAUCCUCCAGGUGCUCAGCCACCUGCAGAAGUUCCGUGAGUGCUUUCUGAACCUCAACCCUUCCCAGACGGAGCAGCUGUUCUCCAAACACGCCAACAACGGCAAGGCUUCGCUCUCGUCGGGCGGCUCGGCCACUGAGCUGUCGGCCAGAAGCAACCGGGCCGAGCUGUGCGAGCGGGAGGGCCUCUGCUGGAAUGGUGGAGCCUCCUUCACCAGGAGCCUAGAACUCAUCCAGAACAAGGAGCCGAGCUCCAAGCACAUUUCCCUCUGUCACGAGCUGCACACCCUCUUCCGAGUCAUGUGGUCGGGAAAGUGGGCCCUGGUGUCCCCCUUCGCCAUGCUCCACUCGGUGUGGAGCCUGAUCCCUGCCUUCCGCGGCUACGACCAGCAGGACGCGCAGGAAUUCCUCUGUGAGCUGUUGCACAAGGUCCAGCAGGAGCUGGAGUCCGAGGGCACCACGCGCCGCAUCCUCAUCCCCUUCACGCAGAGGAAGCUCACCAAACAGGUCUUAAAGGUGGUGAACACCAUAUUCCACGGGCAGCUACUCAGUCAGGUCACAUGUGUAUCAUGCAAUUACAAAUCUAACACCAUUGAGCCCUUUUGGGAUCUGUCCCUGGAAUUCCCUGAACGCUAUCACUGCAUAGAGAAGGGGUUUGUCCCUUUGAACCAGACAGAGUGCCUGCUCACCGAGAUGCUGGCCAAGUUCACAGAGACAGAAGCACUAGAAGGGAGAAUCUACGCUUGUGACCAGUGUAACAGUAAACGACGCAAGUCCAACCCAAAACCCCUUGUUCUGAGUGAAGCUAGAAAGCAGUUGAUGAUCUACAGACUACCUCAGGUCCUCCGGCUGCACCUUAAAAGAUUCAGGUGGUCUGGCCGUAAUCAUCGAGAGAAGAUUGGGGUCCAUGUCGUCUUUGACCAGGUAUUAACCAUGGAACCUUACUGCUGCAGGGACAUGCUCUCCUCUCUUGACAAAGAGACCUUUGCCUAUGAUCUCUCCGCAGUGGUCAUGCAUCACGGGAAAGGGUUUGGCUCAGGACACUACACAGCCUAUUGCUACAACACAGAGGGAGGUUUUUGGGUCCACUGCAAUGACUCAAAGCUGAAUGUAUGCAGUGUUGAGGAAGUGUGCAAAACUCAAGCCUACAUCCUUUUUUACACUCAAAGAACAGUUCAGGGCAAUGCAAGAAUCUCAGAAACCCAACUCCAAGCUCAGGUGCAGUCCGACAAUGAGGGCAGACCACGGACCUUCCCCUGAACGGGAAGCACUUCAAGGACUGACUUGUUUCUGAACUAUUGGUGUUCAUACUUCUUUCCUCUUGUAGGAAAUAAGGUUCACUACAGUACCGUUACUGGGUUUACCUCACUGGGUCUAAAGCAAAAGGUGCCAGGUCACACAUAUCCUAUAACAAAAUCUGUAAUCACUUUUUUUUUUCCCAAUGGUUUUGGAAGUUCCCUCUCUUGAUAACACAAAGAAAAAGGAGUAAGCAUUAUGAAGAUUCCUUCAACAGUUUCUUCUAAAUAGAGAGAGGCAGAGGAAAGGGAGUAAAUUGGUCAAAAACAGCCAGGAGAGGAGCCACAUUUUCUUUCCACUGUGUGACCCCCUGCUAAUCAGGAGCUCCUGGCAGCACUAGAACCCUUCUGUUUUGAGCAGCCCUGGCCUACACAUUAGAGGGAGGGCCCUGGGAUGGCAGCUUGAUGAAUGGGAUUAGUUCUAAGAAGGGAGGUAAAGUCUAAGAAUUUGUUCCUACAAAAGGAAGUAACCCUCGAGGGUUGAAAACAUGUAGGGCUAACAACUGAAGAGCAGAGUGAGACAUAUGGAGCACAAACUGGGAGGUGAUUCACAUAUCAUACCUUCCCUGACUGCUGCUGUCAUUUAAAUCAUUCCGUAUCUUUUAAGGCUGGCAUGAACAUCCCUUCGUUUUAAAGAAGGAACAGUUCAUGGGGGGAAGAAAUAAACUAGUGCAUGUUCUUUGUUGCAAGUUAGUGGUAAGGGCUACCCAGUUAAGUAGCCAAUUCCUGGUUUGGGUUUAGGGCAAACACAUGGCUUAAUUUAACUUGGGUCAUUAGGUCAGUUGUCUGAGGCUUUCGCAGAACUCAGUUGAGAGUAGAGAGGGUUAGCUGGCUCAGGACUUAUCAGAAUGUCUGUCACCAUUCUUACCUUGGUGUACCAUGUAAAUUUCCUUAGCCUGCAGCUUCUUUCCCACUCUCAGAGGAUGACAGUAGUCUUGUUUACCACAAGGUUUGAGAGCUUUUGCUUUCCUAGAGCAUGGGAGUUGUCUAUGACCUGCUUCUUAUAUGCCCACUUUGUUGUUCAUAGCCUUGUCCUCCCAAACCUGAUAUCCUUUACUAUUUCUCUACCCACCCAUACUCAGUUCAUUAGAGAAAGAAGCAUAGUGCUCUGU